GUUUUGUGAAUGGGAUUCUGUGCUAUUUAUAAUCACCAUGUCGUUUUUAAACGAAGUCGUUUUGAUGCCGCGUAGUCCUAUAAAAUCGUGACCGUUGACACAGUCACUUCACUUCUUUAGCUACCUGAUUACUGAACUAUCUAUGGAAAAUACUGAUUAUCCACCGCAGCCGGAACCCGUAGUUCUGCCUAUUUCAGUGGAGCAACUGAUUAACCAACUAUCCACAGCCAGGAAACAACCGCCGUUAGGGUACCAGACACGGCGAAAGUUGGCUCUAAUUGGUGAAGAAAAGGCUCUCGAAGUUCUCCGUAUCGUCGCCGAUGGGCCGAUCAACGGAACUUUUGAUGAAUUCAUGAUCCACUUGUCUCACUACAGUCGGCUCAUAAUGCACCGUCGCGGUGAACCGGUUUUAUCUUCUUCUACUCCGAUAUCAGUGAACGUGGAGGAAAGUUCUAGCGUUGGAUCUAGUUCAACGUGUUAGAGAUUCUCUGUGGCUGGAGUUGUCUGAAUCGUUAGCUGUGACUUAAUAUUGUAAACCCUAAAUAUAAUGAGUGCGUUGUAUUAGUAAUCGUCUGUAAUGUAGACUUUUUAUUGCAUGCGUAAAGCUAGACUGUAAGCUAAACUGAAUUUUGUUGCAUGGGUAAAGCUUGACUAUAACCUAAACUGAAUUUUGUUUUGCAGACUAUGAUAAUUUUAGUUUAUAUAAAA